UUUAUAUUACAUAUAUUAAAAAAAUCGGGCGGUGGGUAAUUGACGAGAGUAAGAUACAGAAUGUUCGCUGCGUCACAUGCUAUUCCAAGAUCCGGUUCAAUCCUCUGAUAAUUUCACCGAAAAACCAGAACUUCCGUUUUCCCUUCCUAUCUGUCUUUUUUUUUUUUUAAUCUGAAAACAAAAUCCGAAGGGAAGAAAAACUUAAAAAUUUGAUUUUGGAAAAAUAAGGAGAAAGAGAGGAGACACCGGAAAAGAGAAAUUUCGAUUUUUUAUUUGUUUUCUUUUCUUUGAAACUCACCAAUAAAUAAAUAAAAAAACUCGCCGGAGCUCCGUAAACAGUUGAGAAUCCGAUGAACUCUCUGGGUCCGAAUUGGUUUGAUAUCUUCGAGAUUUACAGGCGAUUCUGUGAACUUAGAAUAGGAAAUGCAUAUGUUUGUGGUGAAGAAGGCUACCAACAAGAUGAGGAAUCACAAAGAGCUAAGUUCUCAAGGGACGCGUUGAAUCAGCUCUUAAAAAUGAUGGAUUCAAGGUUGCACACAAGGAAUGCAAUCUUUGAUGAAGUUCUCAAGCUCAUGUUACAACUAGACUUGGUGGUAGACUUUUCUGAGUUCUCACGCUUUUAUGAUUUUGUUUUCUUUAUAUGUCGAGAAGAUGGUCAAAAGAAUAUUACUGUAAGCAGGGCGGUUGCUGCAUGGAGAUUAGUCUUAGCUGGCAGGUUUCGAUUGCUUAACCAAUGGUGUGAAUUUGUUGAGAAAAAUCAGCGACAUAAUAUUUCUGAGGAUACUUGGCAGCAAGUUUUAGCUUUUAGUAGGUGUGUACAUGAAAAUCUGGAAGGGUAUGAUCCUGAAGGUGCUUGGCCUGUUAUAAUUGAUGACUUUGUGGAGCAUAUGUAUAGAAUUUCAGGUUCCAAUAAAGUUUCAAAUGUUUUCUGUAGCUGUGGUGAUUCAGAGUCCCAGUCGCGUGCAUAUGAGGACUCUUUGCCUGGAUUAAGAGAAUUUCCUGGGUUGAAGAGGAAGCUAACUGAAUGUGGUGAUGAAAAAAUGGAGUCCAAUUCUCUCUUUUCAAACUCUCCACGCGUGAAUUGCACAUUGAGUUCUAAGAGAAGUAGGUUGAUUGAGCACAGAUCAGUUAAUAGGGAAGAUAAUCCUCCCCAGAAUUCAUCUGAUGAAUGCAUGGAAGUUGUUAAACACGGUAGUCCAAUGGGUUCUUCCAAGUCUCCGUGUGCAGUUGAAGGUUGCCUGUCUAAGGGUUUUGCAGGGCUCUCGUCGAGUUGCUCGUUUUUUGCAGUUUAACCGCAAAAGAAGAGUUUCCAAUACAUAUAGCUCCCACCCGAGUUUCAAUAUUAAGAAAAUACACAGUAGUCCAAUGGGUUCUUCCAAGUCUCCAUGUGCAGUUGAAGGUUUUCUGUCUAAGGGUUUUGCAGGGCUCUUGUCGAGUUGCUCGUUUUUUGCAGUUUAAUCGCAAAAGAAGAGUUUCCAAUGCAUAUAGUUCCCACCCGAGUUUCAAUAUUAAGAAAAUAUACCCCUUGCUGAGUCUAUGAUUAUAGAUAUAUUCGUAUGUUGGCUGGUGCCACCAAUUUCAGAUGAUUGUGGGUCAAUCUUAUAUUUCUCUUUGGACUUUGUGGGGUGCUGUCAUUGUUUUGUCUGAUGAAUCAUGCGUGUCAUAUUCCCGUCAUCUUGGAACCCCGAAAUUAAUAAAAGAAUUAUAUGUUACAUUUGUUUUUUCAAUAUAAAUGUUGGAAGCAUGUGUAUUAUUGUUUAUCUCUGGGAACAC